AUGGCAUCCCCGUACCCCAUCCGGUUCUCUCUACCUGGCCAGAAAAAAGAGCGGCCCUCGCGAGCGGCGGCCUCGGCUCUGCCCUCGGUGCGUGAACAGCUCGUCCAAGACCGCGAAACCGAACCUGUUGGCAACGAUGCCAGCUGGGGACACCUCGAAAGCCUCCUGGGAUCGACACUGGAUUUUGACGAUGGAGACAUAAUGGAUACCGAGCCGCCAGAAUCCCAGAUCAAGGUCGAACCUACCGAAGCAGGAGAUACCCUUGCAAGCGCCUCGAACGAGCCCAUGGAGUUUCGACUCUUCCAGAAGGUUGCAGCCGUCAAGCUCGAGGCCGAUGAGGUUGCUCCCGUUCGGAUCGAGCGAGAAAUGGAGGUGUCGAGCGAGAAGGAAGCAGCCAAACAGGAGCUCUUUGAACAGAUCGUCAUCGAAGGCACCCAAGUCAUCGAGCAGUCUCUGCAGCCAUGGAUACUGCGGAAGCCUGGGAAGGUUCUAGUGGUGCCUCUGGGUGACGAGCCAGGAGCCGUUCACAAGCGCAAGAAAACGAGCCAGAAGAAGCGGCGGGCCGAACGGCUGAUACGAGAAGGCAAGUUGGCUCGACGGAUCAAAUCGACGUUGCCUCGUCCCCGAGGCCCGGCAUUGUCGUGGCUGGAUGCCAUGCGACAGCGAGCCAUGGCGCAAAAGUUCCGGAUUGUAAGGCAUGGGAUUGUCUUUGUCCACCCCGAGCUCCAUGCCGUCGUUGGAAUGCCAAAGACGUCGGUCCAGAUGGAGAGGACGCUCGGGCCCAAGCACCCGUCCCAACACAGCAAACCGGAAAGUAGCGGUGUGAAGGCCGACAGGACGCUCAAGCGUCCUCGACCGGCAGCAUCGGAGACUGCGUCCAGUCCACCAAGCAGCACUCCAGAACAUGCACAUCGAGCUCAGGACGCCGAGCUGUCGACUCCAGAGCGCAAGCGCCGAACCCACCGACGAAAGCCCAAGAAACUGCAGGAUGCCGAGACAGCCUGA